AUGGAUCUAAGCAAGACACCUGCCUCCCCUCCGCCACCGGGCGUGACGCCCAACUUCGAGAACCCCCAGCGGUCCGACUACGACAUCUACUCGAUCAACAUCGCUCUGUGUAUGACAGCCACGGCGGUGCUGGCGCUGCGGUUGUACACACGGGGUGUGAUCUUGCGGACCGUUGCUAUUGAUGACUGGUUCUGUAUCGCGGCGCAGAUCUGCGCAUGGAUAUUUGCCAUCCUCGGGUUUGCCAACAUCGAAAACGGCUACGGCGUGCAUAUCUGGGACCUGUACCUCAGCAAACUCAAGCCUUUCAAACAGAACGACCUCGCCGCAGAAGACGUCUUCGCCCUCGGCAUCUGGUUCGUCAAAACCUCCAUCCUCCUCUUCUACCUCCGCCUGAACCCGGAGCGCCGCUUCCGCCAAUGGACCUACGGCAUCAUGGCCUUCGUCUUCGUCUACUCGCUCAUCAGCAUCCUCGUCUUCACCUGCGGCUGCAUCCCCGUCACCGCCAUGUGGGACGUGACGCAAAUGGCGACGGCCAAGUGCGUCGACCAGCUGGCCUUCGUGUACGCCAACGCGGCCUUCAACCUCCUCUCGGAUCUGAUGACGCUCAUCCUGCCCAUCAAGCUCUGCUGGGCGCUGCAGACGACGCUGAAGCAGAAGCUCCUGCUGUGCCUGGUGCUGGCGAUGGGGUCGUUCGCGUGCGUGAUUGCCAUUGUGCGGAUCGUGACCAUGAUGCCGUUUGUGCAUUCGACCGAUUUCACCUGGUAUAAGGUGACGCUGGCGAAGUGGGCGAUGGUCGAGAUCAACGUGGGUAUCAUCUGUGCCUGUCUGCCUGUCCUUCGGCCCCUGCUGCUGCAGGUUUUCCCCCGGCUGUUCGGAAGCAAGAACGCCAGUGGGGAUCGGCACGGCAGCGAGGAGAGUUAUACCAUGCACGAGCCUGGGUCCAAGAAGAAGGGGGUUAGGAACUGGGAUUACCUGACGACGCUGAAUACGCAGAAUCCGCGGGAGGAGGACGUGGAGAGUAUCAGUGUCAGGCCGAAUGCGAAGAGCGAGAGCCAGGAGGGGAUUGUCAUGUCGACCGAGACCAAGGUUACGUAUCAUUGA